GGCAAUUUAUCGUCAAAUCUCUCUGGUAGUUCUGGCAGUGAAGAAGCAGCGCGAGUGAGAGCGAGCAAGCAAUACUGGGAAUAUUUUUGCGCAAAAACUGAGUUUAUCAAUAAAUUGUUGUUAACAAUAGCAGUUUUUGAGCCGAGCGCGUGUGUAAGAAUAGCCUAAAGGCAAAUUCAAUGAAGUGGCCAUCGAGUGGCGCCGCCGCCGCCUGAUCAACGUGAGUGUCAGAGAGUGGCUCUCGUUGUGAAGAAAAAAGAACGUAAGCAGCAAAGAAGACAGAGCAGCAGCAACGAUAACAACAGGCCUAGUGUGCUGCCAACUUGUCGAGCUGCCACCCUCUCCCCUUCUGCAACCUUUGGCAGUACAUAGUAUUAAUGCUUCUGUAUUCUAUUGAGCAUUAUUUAAAAAAUGAAGUACCAAAAGCUGCUGAGUGUAUAUAUGCUGUGAGCGAAUCUAUUUUCUGUGACGUGACGUGCGGAAUAGUGAACAUUUUUUCAACAAGUUGCCAGCACAGCGUGCAACGCGCGCACACACACACACACACACACACACAAACAACUUAUAUACAGAGCCCCCCAAAGAGAGGGAGAGCAGCAACAACAAGCGUAUUUAGUGAUGUCAUCAGAAAUCGCUGUUCCGCUUAAAACGACUUCAAGCUGGCCAAAUUGAAACGGAAACGGAAGCCAAACUGAAGCACUUGUCGGAGAGCGUAACGGUGCUGCUGAAAAUCGCUAAAAUGGACAACAGCAUCGUCGUCGAGGAGAACGGCAAUUCGGCGUCCAGCGGCAGCCUGGACCUCAUCACAGCCGCGGCGCAGGCAGCGGCCGCGCAGCAGCAGUCACAGAACCCACAGAGUACAACAGCGUCAGCGGGCAACACAAAUAAUUCCGCUGGAACGGGCACCGUUCUGACCACGACGGCCAACUGCAAUUUACAAUACCCGAUGCAGCCGCUGGCGCAGCACGGCCUGCAGGUACAAUCCGUGAUACAGGCGAAUCCAUCGGGUGUCAUACAGACAGCUGCCGGCACGCAGCAGCAUCAGGCGCUAGCCGCCGCCGCCACCGCCACAGCGAUGCACAAGGGAGUGGGGGUUGUGUUUGUGGCCAAGCCAGCCAACUCUACGGUGAUCCACACGACAGCAAGCAAUGCAGUGCAAGUGCGUAACAAAAUCCCUCCAACUUUUCCAUGUAAGAUCAAACCCGAACCGAACAGCCAGCACCAGGAGGACAGCGACGAGAGUUUGUCAGACGACGACUCGCAGCACCAUCGGAGCGAGCUGACACGGAGGCCAUCGUACAAUAAGAUCUUCACCGAGAUCAGUGGACCUGAUAUGAGCGGCUCCUCGCUGCAUUUGGGGUCCGAUGGGGUGCUCGGCUCUCAGCUGGCGGCAGGCGGAGCGGGCGGCAACUCGACGAACAGUCCACUACUGCACAUGGCCCCGGAGCCAGCCUACUAUUUGUCCAAUCGGAUACCCUACAACACCAACAACAGCGGGAUAGCGGAGGAUCAGACGCGCAAGCGGGAGAUCAGACUGCAGAAGAACAGGGAGGCGGCAAGGGAGUGUCGGCGCAAGAAGAAGGAGUACAUCAAGUGCCUGGAGAAUCGCGUGGCGGUGCUAGAAAACCAAAACAAAGCGCUUAUAGAGGAGCUCAAGUCGCUGAAAGAGCUCUAUUGUCAGACCAAGAACGAUUGAAUGUGGCCUUGGCUGUGGCUGUGGUCAUGGCGAUGGCGAUGGCAGCGACGGCAGCAGCCGCGGUGGCAAUAUCGACGUUCGAAGACGAGUCCCAAUGGCGAUGGCAAUAGUCGGCCGCAUAUCAUGAUUUACAUACGUAUAGUAGAAUUCUAUAUGUAAUCGUACAUAUAUACUAUAUAGUGCAAUGAUCAUGUUCUUGUUAGGACAAGUACACUGUAGCGAACCGAACCGAACAGCCUGACAGAACAAACAGGCGAACGGCGACACCGACACGAGCAGGACACAAUGUAAUUAUGUUUAUAAUUUAAAUUUUAAUAUUCUUUUUAUGCUUUAGUUUACGCCUUAGUUUAUUUACUAUUUACCUAUCCAUGUCCCCUGUGCUUCUACAUCCUAUCUCCCAUAUGUAUAUAUGUAUGUAUAUAUUUACAUAUACAUGAAUAUCUUGUUCUUUAUUCUGUAAGCUGCCGUCAGGCGAUUGCCUUUCAUCGUCGUUGGUCAAUUUUGCCUUUUAUUCGUAUGCGUACGCAUUGGUGUUUCUUCGGAAAUCCCUAUUAUAAUGGUACUCCCUCCAUACGAUGCUAAUUCGUUUUCAGAUUCUGCAGAUCGAUUAGCUGUUUGAUGUUUUUUAAUGCAUUUUAGGCUUUAAGCGAAGAUACACCAGCGUCAUACUGUUUUUGAUAUUGCCUUAAAAAAAAAAUAGAUUAACCAAUUGAUAAACAGCAGAUCGGACCAAACAGUUGUUUCGGAUAUUCUUCAGACAAAAUUCCUUUCAGGAAGCGCCGCCCAUACGUCUCCUUCAGCAUUGGAAUUGCUCCAGUGGCGAAAACCCAUGCUCUUACGUGUGUCCAUGUGAAGCGCCCAAUUUUAAAUGAUGAAAAUAUAUUGGAAAUCCCAUCCAUGGCGGCAGCUUAUUGUACUUGCAAUUUUUUUUUCUUACUUAAUGCUAAAUACGACAAUUUGACUAGAAAAAGUGUUUAAAUUUUUUAGAGAAAUUAUGUAAACUGAUAUAAACCCCCAACACACACAACACAGGCAGAAAAAGAUAGGUAGAUAUUAAGAGAAAUAGUUCUUAGCAAAAUUGAGAACUUUCGUCUGUUUUUUUUUAUAUAUGUAUCUAUUACUAUAAAUGUGUGUGUGGAAAGAGAAAGAGCUGAGAAAUGUAACAUUAAAAUUAAGUUUUAACCGGUUUAAAAGAUCUGUAAAGUACAGGGCAGAUCGAUCAAUCAAACAGUCAGUCAGUCAACGUUAAUGAAUUAUUGAGAAUUUGUUGCAUACUUUUAAACCGCUUCCCGCCGCCUCGCCCACUAGCCUCCCUAGCCAAGGCGACACAUAGAAGGAUUUUCUCUGAAAAAAACCAAUUUAUAUAUAUAUAUAUAAACCAAAUUAUAUAUACGAAAUACGUAGUUAGCGAAUAUUUGUACACUAUUUGUAUUUGUGUAUCGCACUCGGAGAGGGUGGAACGGGUGGACGGCAGAGCGGUGUCCCAUUUCCGGAUCGAGGAAUACUAUA